AUGGACCAUGCACGGAUUCUCAAUUUUCUAAACUCUUUAUAGAAUCAGGAGAGUACUUAAUAGAGUGAUCAUACUCAAUCCUCGUAGGAAUCAUUGAAGAGCUUAUAUGAGAAGAUCACAAAGGAGUAUUCAUUGCAAAGAGCUCGAGUAAGAAAUGAUGAAAUUAAACAUCUUAGACUCUGAGCAGAGAAGAAAGGUUGGCGAAUCAUCUGACAUCCAAUUCUCUCUCCUACGGGGAAAUUGUAAGUAAUAUGCUUUAACUCUAAAGGAAUUUAAAUCCUUAUCCAUGGUCUUUCAAUAUGUAUCGCCAAAGAAAGGGGGAGUCUUCUAUGAUUUGGGUAGUGGCAUUGGUAAAGGAGUGAUAGCUGCAUCAUUAAUGCAUCAAUUCGAUAUUUGUAAGGGCAUUGAAUGUCUGCAUUCUUUGCAUGAGCAGGCCUGCAAUUUGAAGGAGGAAGUAGAGAAGCAGAAAUGUCUUAUAGAAUAGGAGAUGGAAUAGAUUGGCGUCUAUGAUUAUUAAUUGCCCAAAAUUGAGUUCAUCAAUGGAGAUGUCAGAGAAGUAUUGUUUCAUAUACGAAAUCAAGUUAGAUUGGACUGAUGGCACCUUCUUAUUUGCUUCAACUACUUGUUUCGAUCCGGAUCUGAUGAAGCAGCUGAGCAAAAAGGCUGCAGAUUUGAAGGAGGGAUCCUACUUCAUUACUGUUACUAAAACACUCGAUCCUUAGACUGGCUGGGAUCUUGUUAAAUCUAUUAAAGUGCAAUUGUCAUGGGGGUUGGCUACUAUUCACAUUUAACAAAAGAAAAUGAUUUAGGUUUAACAAUAAUAAAUAUAAUUAUGAAAUAAUCUCAUUCUAAAAAGAAUCUAACAAGCAGUCUUUAUAUUGCCAACAAUCAACACACUGAAUUAAUCGAUUAUCUCAAACAAGAAAAUAAACAAUUAACUGAGUAAUUGAAUGAAUUGAAGGGCUUGCUCUAAUUAAAUAAGAAGGCAUUGAGAAUCAUGACACCUCAAAAUAACGAUGAAUAAAAUAAAGCUUUAUUGAUGGUUAUGAAAAAUUUGUAAGAAGAAAAUGCCAAAUUGCAUAAUCAAAUUGACAAACUCAUUGAGGAAAGGAAUCAAGCAUAAAAUUAAGUAUUAAUAAAUUAAUAAAUCACUGAAGAAGCUUAACGACAUGAAAAAGAAUUAAUCUUAUCAUUAUAGAAUAAAAUCUAAACUUUAUAAAAUAAUCUCAAUAAAUCUGAAUAACAAUUAAGCAAAAUGGAAUAACUCAAACCUGAAUACGAUGAAAUUUCAGGCAUUGUCAUUAAAUACAAAGAAAUUUGUGAACCUGAUAAAAUUGCUAUCAAAUUUCACAAUCAAAUUGAAAUGCUCACAUCUCAACUAAUUCAACAGAUCAAAAAGAACAAACUCAUCGAAACUGAAAAACAAAAACUAUAAGGAUUUAAUUUAGUAUUACAUUCUCACUAUUCAUCUAGAAACUUAUGAGCAACCUAGUUCAAAUGAAGAACACAGCUAUGACAUAUCACGGCAAUAAACUCAUCAUUUAACAGUAACAAACUCAAUAAGGCCCUGAACAAUUGAUUAAAUGUAACCAAAAAUGUAUACAGUAGUCUAAAACAAUUUGCUAAAUGUUAUGAACAAGGAAGAAAACGAAAAUUCAUCUUAAAAUGACAACAAUUCAUCCGUUGGCAGUUCACCAUUGAUGUCCCCAUUACCAUUAAAACAAGAGAAUUAGGUCGUCAAACAAAUGAAGGAAAUCCCGAAGUUAGAUCUCACAAAGGCAAAAUAAAUAUAAGAGAUCAAUGCUAAGAGACAGAUUUAAUAGAUGCAGGAUAUUAAAAAGUAAAUCGACCCUAAUGUAGUUGAAAAAAUUAAUAAGUAUGAGAGAAUGAUAGAGGAGCUAAGAAAGAAUUAUCAAAGAGAGAUGUUGCUAAAUAAGACUCUCGAAACAGCAAAUAAUGAAUUACAAAGGAAUUGUGAAGAUUUAGAAGUAUGUCAUUCAUAUUAAUUUAGAGUUAAAAAUAAAUACUCAUAAAUUCAAAUUUAAGACAUCAAGAGAAAUUACAGAAAAUCAAUAAACAAUAUUAUUUUCUCCAAUAAUUCUACAUCAAUAAUAAAGAUCAAAUUACUACCACUCAAAGUCAUAAUCGAAGAUUUUCUCAAAGUCCAACUGAAUUAUCUUAGGAUAUGAUUCUAGAUACUUCUUUCAUUGAUGCCAAUGGAGCCAUAAUUUCGAAUGAAAUACAAGAACAAAAAUUUGUAUAACAAUAAAUGCUGCAACAACAACAAUAACAACAACAAAUUUAGUAAUUCUAAUAAUAAAAUUUCUAUUCCUAUUAUGUCCCUAAUAACCUGGAAGAUUCGAAAAAGUUCUUAUUGAGUUUGGCUGAACUAAUUUAUUGUGGUUUGCAAGAAAGGAUAGAAUAAUUGCAACAACAGGAAAGCAAUUGCCAAGUAAAUAACGAACAGAGAUUCAGAUCUGUAAGUGAUAUAAACGAUUAUCAACGCACAGGACUUUAAAAAUAUAAUUAUUUUUAGCAAUUAUGA